AUGGUUAAGACUUCAGUCCUCAAUGAUGCGCUCAACGCCAUCAACAACGCCGAGAAGGCCGGAAAGCGUCAAGUCCUCAUCCGCCCAUCCUCCAAGGUCAUCGUCAAGUUCCUCGGUGUCAUGCAAAAGCAAGGUUACAUCGGAGAAUUCGAGGAGGUUGAUGACCACCGUUCCGGAAAGAUUGUUGUUCAAUUGAACGGCCGUCUCAACAAGACCGGUGUUAUCUCCCCAAGAUACAACGUCAAGAUCGAGGAUUUCGAGAAGUGGGUUGUCAAGCUUUUGCCAUCCCGUCAAUUCGGACACAUCGUCCUCACCACCUCCGCUGGUAUCAUGGACCACGAGGAGGCUAGACGCAAGCACGUUGCCGGAAAGAUCCUCGGUUUCUUCUACUAA